CAGGUAAGGAGGGCGGGGUUGUAGGUACGUGUCCAAACAUGGGCGGAUUGCGUGAGCAGGUAGACGCACACCGAAGAGUCCCUUCACAAGAGAGACAACGCUUUUAAGACUGCUGCGAGUCAGACUCAUGAAAUAACUGAACCGCUGAAGAAGAGGAGUUGUCCCACCAUGGAAACACAGACAAAAACACAAAGGCCUAAUAACGGCCAGUUGAUUUCAGUGCCUCACAAAGAUACAGUCCGCCUCCUGGAGGUGUACGUCAAGCGCAGCCUCAGCGUAAAUGACGGAACACUGGGGGUUAAGAGGGCUGAGAUGAAAGAAAAGUGGGUGACGAUGCCAAAAAAGCACAGACGACAUUCCAGUGACCCUUCCCUUCACUUGGCUGGGGAAUUACACAACAAGGAUAUUGUUACAUUUUCUGCGGUCAAACCCCCUCCAAACCAGCCUGAGAAACGUCAUGAAGAACCAGAAAAACCCACGAAAAAAACAAAGAAGAACAAGAAGCCCACCUUCUGGAAAAGUUUAUUUGGUAUCUUCUCUCGGAAGAGUAACGAGGAGAAAGAUGAAGAGCAGGACAGUCCGUCAGAGAUCCCAAAGGUUUCCCAAGAAAAACAGGACUCUGACACUGCAACCAGCUGCCUGCUCAUGACUCCAGACCUUUCACAAAAAAGAAUGUCCAUGAGAAAGAAAUCCAUAAAAAGAAGGUUCUCCAAAAGGCGGCUAUCUCUGACAAAACCACAUAAACCUGGUAAAGAGCUCAACCCUGCCGACAUCACCCGAGUUGAAGCUGUCGUCAGUGUGGAACCGACAUAUUCAUACUAUGAGAAGGUGUCAGAGGAACUGGAAAGAAUCGUCCACGAGGUCAAAGAGAAAGAGGAAGUAGAACCCCUCUCUGAUGAGGAAGUCAUCAACAGGAUCAUUGCUCUGACGAAGCAGCAGGGCGACGCCAUUGAGGACAAGCUGAAAGAUAACCCCACCCUGAACAGCUUCUUCCAGGGCAUGUCGUACUCUUCCUUCCAGAAGUUGGCUGACGCGUAUCUGGAGAAAGAAACAACGCCGAUCCACAAUCCUCCCUGUGUGCUACCAACAGCGCCUGAGCUGGUCAAGUUGGCUUUUACGUACGACUUUACAGCCAGGAUAGUAGGCCUCUCCAGACAGAAUAUAGGUCACAUUACUAGCCUGGGGAACCGUUAUCUACAGGAACGAUUUGAAUACAGACAGGUAUGUACUGAUCAUCCAUGGUCGGACAGUGAUGACUGAGAGGCAGCCAUAACAAAACAGAAACAACAGCAUUGCUGCAAGUGAAACAUUUACGCUUCAACUUUUCUCAGCAGCACAGAUGUGGUUAAGAAUGUGUCGCAAGCAUGAAUUCCCCUUUACAAACAUGUUCCUUUAAGAUCAUGCUGGACUAUAUAAAACACAUUUUAAGCUUCUAAACAACAAAUUACUUAAUGUUUUUUGAUAGAAUACUAAAUAUAUAUAUAUAUACUGUAAUUCUGCUGCAACAGGAUGUGUGCUGAAACAUGUAGCAUUGUAAUAUUUAAGAAUCACAUAGAGCUAAUACUUCAAUCGACACUACAAAUUUGAUUCUCUUUUAACUAAUCCACCUGUACUGGCACUGUAAAUAGACACCUCUGUACAAUAUUAUUGUUUUUUUUUUUUUUUUUUUAGAAUUUCAAAAAGAAUAAAACAUUUAAUUUAAUAUUUAAUUCAUUCAUUUAAUAUAAGCUACACUGAAUGUUGUUUGUUGAUCUGG